UUGUUUACAUUACAAUGCCGCAAAUUUGAAAUUUGAAUUUGAGAAAUGAAAUGUGAAGUCUCAUGUGCUUGUGAGUAUUUUUUGUGUGUUUCCCUAAUAAAGUUAUAUCCUGCCUCAAAUUAUCCAGGUUUGAGUAUUCUUCGUCCCCUCAAACGUUUCGUACUUCUUGAUUGUGAAAAUCUUUCAUUGUUCUUCUUUUACUGACGGAAUACAUAGACUCGAUACUUGUCGAAGAAACGUUCCCAAAAUCGUUUCCAUGCACUCUUCACUCUUACAUGGAGCUGCUCAUGACUUUUAGAGUAUCUUUCCGUGAUCAAAUCAAGAAUGGAUGUCAUCAAACGUUUUGAUGCUAAGCUGUGUCGGUUCUCUCUUUGCAAUAGAUAUUUCGCCUACUCUGGAUCGGACACGCUGUUUGUAGAAGAUAUCUCGACAGGCAAGUCGAGACAAUACAAAUGCCAUCACACUAUUGAAGACAUAGCAUGGUCACCUGAUUCAGAGUUCAUCUGCUGCGGUCAGUAUAAAAAUGGGACAGUGCAAAUUUUUUCUCUCUGUGCACCCCUGUGGAGAUUCAACCUCGAAAGCGGUCAAGAUAGCAUUGCUGACGGAAUAUGGAGCCCUGAUAGCCGACAUUUUCUCACAACUGCCCAAUUCAUGGAAUACAUCACUAUUUGGUCUCUAGUGAACAAAACAGCUUGUUACAUUCAGUUGCUGAAGCCCAUCGCCCACCCAGCCAUCAAAUUUAGUCCUGAUGGAAAAUAUUUAGCAUUACUGGAAGCUGAGGGCACGGAGGACUUUCUAUCAGUUUUUCACUCUUCGUCAUGGGAAAAAUUGUGUACAUUCAAGUGCUCCAAAUACAUAAACUCAUCGGGUGGGCUUGCCUGGUGCCCAGAUAGCGACAAAAUCUGUGUGUGGGAUAGUCAGCUGAAUUGCUGCCGAAUUCUUGUUUGCAAGGUGUCGUCGCAAUCUGUUAUUGCCUCCUAUGCAGAGCCUACAAUUAACAAACCAGCAGGGAUUCACUCAGCCUCGUGGUCUCCGUCAGGACAGCUUUUACUUCUAGCAUCUUACGAUAAUAAGAUUCGUGUGCUGAAUAAUAUCACUUGGACGUCCAUCUCUGAAUUUGAUUGUGGUCAAAGAGUCACUGGACGGGAUAAUUUUAUUUACACCCAAGUCAUAAGUAAACCCUCUCCAAUGGUUUCCAACAAUUCCACUCAUAUCAAAGCAUCAUUUAAGAUUGUGGAAGAUCGACCUGUGUCAAUUAAAUCUGGGAUGAAGAAAUUCGGGUAUGAUCUAAAGUGGUGUCAUAACGGUAAAUACUUGGCAGUCUUUAAUUUCAGAUUUGAUCAUGCUGUUCGAAUCUGGAACAUGGAGAACCUCUCUCUUCACUCUAUGAUUCUCCUUGACUUUCCAAUCUCAGAUUUCAAGUGGUCUCCUGUGUAUCAUCGGCUUGUCCUUUGUUUUGAAAAGCCUGUGAUUACUGUUUGGACCGAGGAUAAUGUUCAAAGCGUCUCCAUCCCAUUCCUCAGCAAGAAAGGAAACUUAAAGCUUAAAACCGUCGAAUGGCAGCCGAGAAGCGGAUCUUAUUUUGCUCUUUGUUCAGAUGCAGAAACUGUGUUGGUGAAUUCUGCCAUCUUUUGAUUUGGUGAAUUUAUUCCUCAACUGAGCAGAGAAAGUGCUCCUGAGCCUAGGAUAGAAACGAAAAUUAGACUUUGCGAAAAGGAACUCAGCGGCCCAGUAGCAUAGCUCUCAGACAAGCUUCAUGCGGUUUCU